UGGAAGUGCGAGCAGGCAGCCGCGGCCUGCAAUGGCUGUGACGGUGAAAGAAUGCCUGGAGCUCCAGCUGCUGGAAGUGGAAAUGCUCCUUUCGAUGUUCCCCAAAAGAGGAGAAUUCAGUCUGGAUGCGGACGCCGUGCCCAGCAUCCAGCGCUACCUGGGGAAUGCUGACGGAGCCCUGCCCCCGCAGCUGGAAUAUCGCAUCGCUCUCGAUGUGGGGGAGGCGAAGGUCAAGGUGGAAUUGCAGGUUCUCCUUCCUCAUAUGUACCCUCAGGUGGCUCCUCAGCUUUUUGCCAGAUCAGAUGCUCUGCACAGACAGCAACAGUUGCAGCUCAACACUCGUCUCAUGUCUCACAUCAGCUCUCUGGAUCCAGGAGAUCUGUGUGUAUGUGAGGCUGUGCAGUGGGUGAAGGACAACACCCUGCCCUUCUUGGAAAACUGUCAGGCCUCGUCUGAGUGUGCUUCUGAAGAAGUCAGGGUUAAGGAAAUGCUGCAUCGCAUGUGGAUCUACAGCCAUCACAUAUACAGGCAGGAACUGAGGAAAAAGAUUUUUGACUGUGCUAAGAAGUUAAAUCUGACUGGCUUCUGCCUAACUGGGAAACCUGGUGUCAUCUGUGUGGAGGGACUCCAAGAAAACUGUGAGGAGUUCUGGCGUGUUAUUAGAUAUCCCAACUGGAAGCAUAUUUCAUGCAAGCAUGUGGAGAAUAUAGAAGCAGAGGGAAGCAUUGAUAAUCUUCGUCUCUUUCACAGCUUUGAAGACCUGCAGUUUCAGGCACAUGGUGAUUAUGGCCUGAGGAAUGACUAUCACAUGGAUCUUGGCCAGUUUCUAGAAUUCCUGAAACAGCAUCAAAGUGGACACAUUUUUCAGAUUUUAUUUGGUGUUGAAGGCAAACUUUCAGACAAUUGA